AUGCCAACAGACCAUCUCCAGCGGCCAGACUCCCAACAGCGGCGCCCCUCCCUCCCUCCCCUCCCCCGCGCCGAGCGCCCCGGACCCGUGCCAGGUCACGCCCGGGACGGUUGGGGUCCGGUUGAGGUCAGCGAGCCCGCGGCCGUUGAGAACUCCAGCUCCCGACAGGCACCGCUUCCGCGGCCCACGCGCGUGGCGGCGCUGCCCGCUGGGACUCGUAGUGCGGUCUGGGUAGGAGACCGGGGCAGCUCCCCUGCCUCCCUCCGGCGCACAGCUCGGAAACCUGGCCCUGCAGAGAGCCUCACACCCGUCCGCCCGUGUCCGGCGCCACCGCCCGGGGACGUGGGUGGGGGUGGCAAGCGAAGGAGAACCCGCGAUGGAUCGCUCGCGCACGUUGGUGAUAUUUACUUGGAAAAUGUCUUUCUCGCAGCGGAACGUGCUUUGGACACCAUGAAUUUUGAUGUUAUAAAGGGCAAGCCAGUACGCAUCAUGUGGUCUCAGCGUGAUCCAUCACUUCGCAAAAGUGGAGUAGGCAACAUAUUCAUUAAAAAUUUGGACAAAUCCAUUGACAAUAAAGCAUUGUAUGAUACGUUUUCUGCAUUUGGUAACAUCCUUUCAUGUAAGGUGGUCUGUGAUGAAAAUGGCUCCAAAGGCUAUGGAUUUGUGCAUUUUGAAACACAGGAAGCAGCUGAAAGAGCUAUUGAGAAAAUGAAUGGGAUGCUUCUAAAUGACCGUAAAGUGUUUGUUGGACGAUUUAAGUCACGGAAGGAACGAGAAGCAGAACUUGGAGCGAGGGCAAAGGAGUUCACCAACGUUUACAUCAAGAACUUUGGGGAGGACAUGGAUGACGAGCGUCUUAAGGAUCUCUUUGGCAAGUUUGGGCCUGCCUUAAGUGUGAAAGUGAUGACUGAUGAAAGUGGAAAAUCCAAAGGGUUUGGAUUUGUCAGCUUUGAGAGGCAUGAAGAUGCACAGAAAGCUGUGGAUGAGAUGAACGGAAAGGAGCUCAAUGGAAAACAGAUUUAUGUUGGUCGAGCUCAGAAAAAAGUGGAGCGGCAGACGGAACUUAAGCGCAAAUUUGAACAGAUGAAACAAGAUAGGAUCACCAGAUACCAGGGUGUUAACCUUUAUGUGAAAAACCUGGAUGAUGGUAUUGAUGAUGAGCGUCUCCGGAAAGAGUUCUCUCCGUUUGGUACAAUCACUAGUGCAAAGGUUAUGAUGGAGGGUGGUCGCAGCAAAGGGUUUGGUUUUGUAUGUUUCUCUUCCCCUGAAGAAGCCACUAAAGCAGUUACGGAAAUGAAUGGCAGAAUUGUGGCCACGAAGCCACUGUAUGUAGCUUUAGCUCAGCGCAAAGAAGAGCGCCAGGCUCACCUCACUAACCAGUAUAUGCAGAGAAUGGCAAGUGUGAGAGCUGUGCCCAACCCUGUGAUGAACCCCUACCAGCCAGCACCUCCUUCAGGUUACUUCAUGGCAGCUAUCCCACAGACUCAGAACCGUGCUGCAUACUAUCCUCCUAGCCAAAUUGCUCAACUAAGACCAAGUCCUCGCUGGACUGCUCAGGGUGCCAGACCUCAUCCAUUCCAGAACAUGCCCGGUGCUAUCCGCCCAGCUGCUCCUAGACCACCGUUUAGUACUAUGAGACCAGCUUCCUCACAGGUUCCACGAGUCAUGUCAACACAGCGUGUUGCUAACACUUCAACACAGACCAUGGGUCCACGUCCUGCGGCUGCUGCUGCUGCAGCCACUCCUGCUGUCCGCACCGUUCCCCAGUAUAAAUACGCUGCCGGAGUCCGCAAUCCCCAGCAACAUCUUAAUGCACAGCCACAAGUUACCAUGCAACAGCCUGCUGUUCAUGUGCAAGGUCAAGAACCUCUAACUGCUUCCAUGUUGGCAUCUGCCCCCCCUCAAGAGCAAAAGCAAAUGUUGGGUGAACGGCUGUUUCCUCUUAUUCAAGCCAUGCACCCUACUCUUGCUGGUAAAAUCACUGGCAUGCUAUUGGAGAUUGAUAACUCAGAAUUACUUCAUAUGCUUGAGUCUCCAGAGUCUCUCCGCUCAAAGGUUGAUGAAGCUGUAGCUGUACUACAAGCCCACCAAGCAAAAGAGGCUGCCCAGAAGGCAGUGAACAGUGCCACUGGUGUUCCAACUGUUUAAAUUGAUCAGGGACCACGAAAAGAAACUCGUGCUUCACCGAAGAAAAAAUAUCUAAACAUCGAAAAAUUUAAAUAUUAUGAAAAAACAUUGCAAAAUAUAAAAUAAAUAAAAAAAGGAAAGGAAACUUUGAACCUUAUGUACCGAGCAAAUGCCAGGUCUAGCAAACAGUGCUAGUCCUAGAUUACUUGAUUUAAAACAACAAAAAAUACAAAAAAAUAGUAAAAUAUAAAAACAAAUUAAUGUUUUAUAGACCCUGGGAAAAGAAUUUUCAGCAAAGUACAAAAAUUUAAAGCAUUCCUUUCUUUAAUUUUGUAAUUCUUUACCGUGGAAUAGCUUGGGAUGUCAGUUCUGUUUUAAGUAGCAGAACUGAUAACUGAGCAAGGAAACGUAAUUUGGAUUAUAAAAUUCUUGCUUUAAUAAAAAUUCCUUAAACAGUG